UAGUGUUCAAGUCUUAAUACACUUGAGUUUUAGGAUCUGCAGGAAGGAAUUUUCCAAGAAAACACUGAAUACUUGAAUAUGUGUAUCGAAUAUACAUACAAAGCAGAUGAUGUGGUACAAACUGGAGCAGCCCGAGAGGGGAGAGCGGGAGUUCCUAAUGAUCCAGUGACUAUCACUGUUACUGAAGUUGCUUACAAGUUUAAGGUUGUCCUACCGGCUGUCGCCAGAAGCCUGAGCAAUUUGUCAUAUGAUAUUCAUCCUUAUGGGGAUGUUGAGAUAGAAGGGAUAGUAAGGUCUGGUGAAAUAACAAGCAGUGUGGAGCCAAUUAUAUGCAACAGAAGAACUCGACGGAUAUUUCCCCAAGGUCACUUCACCAUCAGUUUCACUUUGCCAGGACCUGCUGAUCCCAAUUUUGCAAGGGUCAACUUAAACUCAAAUGGUGUUUUGGAAGGAUCUGUGCUUAAGCGUUGGAUUGGACAUGGUGACCAGUCCGACUCGUCUGAUUAAUUGGACAUGGUUAGCUUGUAAUCAUAAUUAAAACCAACUUCCUAUUCUGGAAAAUCCCUAGUUAUUAUGUUACUGAAACUCUUGUUUGUAUCUUCCUUUCUUGCAUAAAUUCGGCUGAGACCACCUGAUACUGCAACAUUGUCCUUUAUUCAGCGAGUUU